CGGCGCACAGGUCUGGGCUGAGGGGCACGGGACCCAGGAGAGGCAGGGGUCCCAAGUACUCUCAGGGGCACAGGACAACGUGGAGAUACCUGGCCACCAUGCUCAGUCUCAAGCUGCCUCAACUUCUUCGAGUCCACCAGGUCCCCCGGGUGUUUUGGGAAGACAACAUCAUGUCUGGCUACCGACGCCCCACAAGCUCGGCCUUAGACUGUGUCCUCAGCUCCUUCCAGAUGACCAAUGAGACGGUCAACAUCUGGACUCACUUCCUGCCCACCUGGUACUUCCUGUGGCGCCUCCUGGCGUUGGGUAGCUCGGGCUUCCCCGCGGAGCCGUACCACCUGCCGUUGCUGGUCUUCCUACUGCCCGCCUGCCUCUACCCCUUCGCAUCCUGCUGCGCGCACACCUUUAGCUCCAUGUCGCCCCGUGCGCGCCACAUCUGCUACUUCCUGGACUACGGGGCGCUCAGCCUCUACAGCCUGGGCUGUGCCUUCCCCUAUGCCGCCUACUCCAUGCCGGCCUCCUGGCUGCACGGUCGCCUGCACCAGUUCUUCGUGCCUACCGCUGCGCUCAACUCCUUCCUGUGCACCGGCCUCUCCUGCUACUCGCGGUUCCCAGAGCUAGAAAGCCCGAGGCUCAGCAAGGUUCUGCGCACCACCGCCUUUGCCUACCCCUUCUUGUUUGACAACCUCCCGCUGUUCUACAGGCUGAAGCUGUGCUGGGGCAGGACCCACAGCUGUGGGCAGGAGGCACUGAGCUCCAGCCACACCUACCACCUCCUCUGCGCUCUACUCACAGGCUUCCUUUUUGCAGCCCGUCUGCCCGAGCGCCUGGCACCUGGGCGCUUCGACUAUAUUGGCCAUAGCCACCAGCUGUUCCAUAUCUGUGCAGUGCUGGGCACCCACUUCCAGCUGGAGGCAGUGCUGGUUGAUAUGGGAUCCCGUAGAGCCUGGCUGACCAUGCAAGAACCCACCCUUAGCCUGGAGGCCACCAUGGCCACAUUGAGCCUGGCAGUGACCGGGAACCUGCUUAUCAUUGCUGCUUUCACUGCCUCUCUGCUGCGCAUCCCUGGAAGCUGCCCCCUGCUGCAGGGUGGCCCACCGGAAGAGGAGCUCCAGGCUAAACACCAGUGAGGCGCAUCUUUGGUAGAGCAUGGAAGGGGGGCAGAGGCCUGCCUUAUUGCUGUGGAGGAGCCCUGAUGGGGCCUGAGAAGCAGAGGCUUUUCUGAGCCUGAAAGGAGCGGCCAGGGAGAAGAGAAAGUCUAGGGACAGAGGACCCAAGAGGCAGGCAGUGAAGGGCAGCAAGUGGGGACAAGUACCUAGGUUGGGGCAGAGCUGGUGUGUGGGGCGCCUGGAAUCUGCUCAGUUCAGGUCAUCCUAAGCGCUUGUGAGCCGUCUGCACCACAUACCUGCCCUACCCCAGGGCCAGACUGGGCCACUUGUCAGCAACGGUGUGUCCACACAGGAGCUGCCUGUUCUGCUUGUCACUGUGACCAGGCCUUUGCUGAUUCGUAUGUUUGGAUGUGUUAUCAGAUGUGGUGGGGGUCACUGUGGGGAGGGGGCUGUUGGACUUUAGAGAGCCACCUCCAGUGCUGUCCACAGCAAAGCAGUAUA